GGCUAUCAUCAUUAUUUAAUUUGUAAUUAGAUUUUUCUAGAUGAGUAAGCAGGAGAGGUGUUUCAACUUCAUAACUGAUAGUCUUAUUUUAGGAGUUGGUAAGCAACAAAUAAUACAUUUCUUUAAUUUAUUAAAUUGAAUGUACCUAACAUUGGCAUACAAAUUAUCUAAUCAGUGGAACGAGGCGGGGUUAAUGCCCGACUUCGACUUUUUGCAGUGCAAUCUCCAAAUAGAAUGCACAUAAUUUUUUUAAAAAUACAGACAAUUUAACUAACAACUUAUCAUACUUAGCAAAUUUAUAUCUAUACAUGAACCGUGUUUGUCGUUAUAGCCAUGCGGACCUUACUAAAUAAUAUUGUGAAAUAAAUAAUGACCGAUAUUAGAUGAAGACGUAAUAGCAUAUUAAUAGAUGAUGUUAUCAACCUAACGUAAUGGAUAGUUAUUUUUUCUUAGACCGGCUUACAAAUUCCAUAUUUAGCCAGUAUUUAACUAUCGUCAGUAGUUCGGUUGUAGUAUCGGUGUAAUACUACUGUCAUUGUUUGCGUCUAAUUAAACCAAAUAUGAGGUCACAGUAUUGCGCCAGUGACCACAGAGCUUGAGGUGCACUUGUGGCCUUGACUAAGUAUCAAAUCCACUUACUAACCUAAAGAUACCUUUACCUAUAAUAUAAAUUAUAUCCAGACAAGUAUUUGCUUAUAACUUCGCCACAAAUAUAAAAAAAGGUUCACAUAUUCGUUAAAUUAAAAUACGGUGAUUUGUUGACACUCGUAAGUUCUAGCUAGUAAUAAAUUCCUAAGACGUUUCACAAAGAUUGUGCGCUUGUUCUGUAUAGACGUGCCCUUAUCCAUACAACCGUGGCAAUGUGUAACAUCUAUUAUCUCUAUUGAGAGAUAUACAAUGAGCAAUAAGUUAGUAUGCACGCGGCAUUGACGACGGCCACUAGAUCCAGACGAUCCAGUAACAUUGGAGGUAUUGGAGCGGCGUGUUCUGUGCGCCGUCUGACGGUCUCGCGGACAUACCGGUUUAAAAGUCAAGUCGGUGUUCAUGUUUAAAAUGGAAACUAUAGACGAUAUAAUGCCAAAAGAUGUGGAGACAGUUUUAGUAUUUUUUGUUAACGGCAAAAAGGUUGUCGAGAAAAACCCGGAUCCAGAAUGUACGUUGUUGUUUUAUCUCCGCAAGAAACUAUUACUAACUGGCACAAAAUAUGGAUGUGGCGAGGGUGGCUGUGGCGCCUGCACAGUUAUGGUGUCUCAGUUUUUAAGACAUGAAAAUCGUGUCAAGCACAUUGCAGUGAACGCCUGUUUAACACCUUUGUGUGCGAUGCACGGCUUGGCAGUCACUACAGUCGAAGGCAUCGGAUCCACACAAGACCGGCUACAUCCCGUCCAAGAAAGGAUAGCGAAAGCUCACGGAUCGCAGUGCGGCUUCUGUACUCCAGGGAUCGUCAUGUCUAUGUACACGUUACUUCGAAGCAAAAAAAAUAUAGAUUACACAGACAUCGAAACCUCUUUACAGGGAAACCUCUGUAGGUGCACUGGUUACAGACCUAUUAUUGAAGGCUUCAAAACUUUUAUAGAAGGAUGGGAAAAGUGCUAUAACUCACCUGGCGAGAAGGGUGUCUGUGCAAUGGGGAAAGACUGUUGUCGAAAUAAAGAAGGAAAUAGUGGCAAUCAGCUGUUCAAUAAGUCAGCUUUCCAGCCGUAUGAUUCAACACAGGAACCCAUUUUCCCACCUGAAUUAAAAGUAGAGAGCCGUUAUGAAGAGGCUUAUUUAUUUUUCAAGGGAGAAAACGUUACAUGGAUAAGGCCAAACAAUUUAAACAGUUUGCUUCAACUCAAGAGCAAAUAUCCUUCUGCAAAAAUUGUCGUAGGCAAUAGUGAAAUUGGGGUGGAAGUAAAGUUCAAAAAGAAAAUCUAUCCCAUUCUAUUGUAUCCCACGAUGAUACAAGAAAUGAACUUCUUGAAUGUUUCAAGUAAAGGGAUUGUUAUAGGUGCUACAACUACAUUAAGCGAACUGUAUAGUUUUCUUGAAGAGCAAAUAAACGAAAAUCCUAAAACAUGUAAGAUUUUUGAAGCCAUCAAAGAUAUGCUUCAUUGGUUUGCUGGAACACAGAUACGGAAUGUUGCAACAUUAGUGGGAAAUAUAAUGACAGCUAGUCCAAUAUCUGAUUUGAAUCCGAUACUAAUGGCAUGUUCAGCUGUUUUAAAUAUUUACAGCAAAAAAUCUGGAUACCGUGAGGUAGUCAUAGACGAAGCAUUUUUCAAUGGGUAUAGAACUACUGUUCUCGAAGAAGACGCUGUUGUUGUAUCUGUUGAGAUACCUUUUACGGAAGAUUUGCAAUAUGUCAAAGCUUACAAACAGGCUAGGCGAAAAGAAGAUGAUAUUUCUAUAGUGACCGCGGCGUUCAAUGUGAAGUUUGAUCCUAUUACCAAAUCAGUAUUAUAUGCAAAAUUGUGUUAUGGUGGUAUGGGGCCAACAACCAUUUGUGCUAAUGUAACUUCAAAGUUACUAAUUGGACAGAAAUGGGAUCAAAAUAUGUUAAAUAUCAUAUUUAGCUCGCUAAUAACCGAGUUGCAAUUAGAUAGCUCUGCCCCAGGGGGAAUGGCAGAUUAUCGGAAGUCUCUCUGCUUAAGUUUAUUUUUUAGAUUCUAUUUAUACGUGUUAAAAAGCCUUAGCAAACCUAAUGGUGUGAAGGUGUAUGAUGACAAAGAUAUCACUGGAGCACAAGAAAUAUCUGCGGUGGAACCAAAUAGUUCACAGUGCUUUGAAAUAAGAAACCAAGAGAAGGUUGUUUCUCAUGCCGUUGGGAAACCAAUAACACAUGUUUCGGCAUUAAAGCAAGCUACGGGGGAAGCUAUUUACUGCGACGAUAUUCCAACCGUAGCAGGCGAACUGUAUUUAAAACUUGUAUUUAGUACAGAAGCUCAUGCAAAAAUUUUGUCAGUAGACGCUAGUAAAGCUUUAUUAGUACCAGGGGUGGAAGCAUUUUUGUCAGCAGCCGAUUUAGACAAGGAAAGCAAUAAAAUGGGUCCAAUCAUGAAAGACGAAGAAAUAUUUUCUCGUGAAACAGUGACAAGUCGUGCUUGCGUAAUAGGUGCUAUAGUAGCUACUUCAGAAGAUGCAGCUAGAAAAGGAAAGGACUUAGUAGUUGUCAACUACGAACAAUUAGAUCCAGUAAUAGUAACAAUCGAAGAUGCAAUAUCACAUGGCUCGUAUUUCCCUUCCUAUCCACGUAUUCUAAGAAAGGGUGACGUCAAUGAUGUCUUUACAAAUUCAACUCAUAUUGCGGAAGGUCAGGUCAGAAGUGGAGCACAAGAACAUUUUUACUUAGAAACGAUGUCAGCUUAUGCUUCCAGAAAAGAAGAUGAACUUGAGAUAAUAGCUUCGACACAACAUCCUGAAGAUAUAGCACGUUUGGUAUCAGAAUCGCUUCAAAUCCCUAGCCAUAAAAUUAUUGCCAAAGUUAAAAGGAUUGGCGGUGGCUUCGGAGGUAAAGAGUCGAGACCAGCAAUUUUGGCCGUCCCGGUAGCAAUAGCCGCAUACAAAUUAAAGAGACCUGUAAGAGCUGUACUAGACAGAGAUGAAGAUAUGCAGUUAUCCGGCUACAGACAUCCGUGUUUGAUAAAAUAUAAAGUCGGAUUUACGGAUGGGGGAAUUAUAACAGCGGCCAAAUUUGAGAUUUAUGCCAACGCAGGGAACUCAAUGGAUAUAUCUUGUGCGAUGAUGGAGAGAGCCUUAGUACAUGUCGACAAUUGUUACUUCAUACCAAAUGUUGAAGUGCAUGGCUAUCUAUGCAAGACUAAUAUGCCUUCGAACACUGCCUUCAGAGGGUUUGGAGCCCCAAAAGCAAUGAUGGCUGCUGAGACUAUGAUACGCCACGUAGCGACAGUAUUAAACAAAAGCUAUGAAGAGAUUAUUGGAAUCAACAUGUACAAGGAAGGUUCAUUGACCCAUUAUAAUCAAAAGCUAACAUACUGCACUCUGACAAGGUGUUGGAACGAAUGUUUAGAAACUUCUCAUUACUGGCAACGAAGGUUAGAAGUUGAGGAUUUCAACAGGCAUAAUAGGUGGAAAAAGAAAGGUAUCGCAUUGGUGCCCACAAAAUACGGAAUAUCGUUCCAAGUAAACGUUCUUAUGCAAGCUGGCGCAUUACUAUUGGUCUAUAAAGAUGGAUCAGUUCUACUUUCAAUCGGUGGCAUCGAAAUGGGACAAGGCCUAUUUACAAAGAUGAUACAAGUAGCCUCAACAGCUUUAGAAAUCGAUUAUACGAAAAUUCACAUCAGUGAAAUGUCAACCGACAAAGUUCCAAAUAGUUCACCGACAGCUGCAAGUAUAAGUUCUGAUUUAUAUGGUAUGGCCGUCUUAGAAGCCUGCAAAAUCUUAAAAGCUCGAUUGGAACCUUUUAAAGCUAAAAAUCCCAAUGGAAAAUGGGAAGACUGGGUCAUUGAUGCUUACGUCAAUAGAGUGCAGUUAUCAGCUACCGGAUUUUACGCUGCUCCAGAGAUAGAAUACAAUUCUGAGACAAAUUCUGGCAAUUUGUACGAAUACUUUACUUAUGGAGUAGCUUGUUCAGAGGUUAUUAUCGAUUGCUUGACCGGCGACCAUCAGGUACUCAGAACAGACAUAGUGAUGGAUGUUGGAGAAAGCUUGAAUCCUGCUAUAGACAUAGGGCAAAUUGAAGGUGCCUUCAUGCAAGGCUAUGGUUAUUAUACAAUGGAGGAGAUGGUAUUCUCACCUCGUGGAGAAGCUCUUUCGCGAGGCCCUGGAGCUUACAAAAUACCAGGAUUUUCAGACAUUCCGAAAGUUUUUAAUGUUUCUCUAUUGAAGGGUGCUCCGAAUCCUCGAGCAGUUUAUUCAUCAAAGGCUGUUGGUGAACCUCCUCUCUUCCUUGCCGCGUCAGUAUUUUUCGCUAUCAAAGAUGCUAUACGGUCAGCUCGGGUAGACAGCGGAGAAUCUCCAGAAUUCGUUUUGGAUGCACCAGCAACGUGCGCGCGUAUAAGAAUGGCUUGUGAAGAUCUAAUUACAAAACAGGUAAAACCUACGAUUAAGGAUACUGGGAAGCCGUGGAAUGUGAUAGCUUGAAGACAACAUUUUCUGCAAUAAGAUUUUAAUUUGUAAUACCUUCACACUGUUUUUAAUAUAUAAUCACCGCAAAUAAAUUACUUUUAAUGCAAAA